CAUACUUUCACAAAAAUUGUUGGUUUUUUGUUCUGAUUAUCAGCAUUAUAUACUAUUACAAAAAUUAAAGAACUUUAUUUCCGCGAAGUGGCGCAAAUGAUCUCAAACGUAUCACAGUCCACUGAACGUCCGAAUGUUGCACAUGGUUCGACGCUACAAACAUCGAUGAUGUGAGUGUUAAAUUUAGAACGUCCCUUGCAAAAGUUGCUGCCGAGGCAAAUAUUCAGCAUGGAUCUAUGUAUAAAGUCUCAAUAUAUCCGGCAUGCAAAAGAAACCAAGAAGAGGAGCUGUUUUCGGACGUGAACGUGCUAAAUAUAUAAUAAUUACGUGAAACAAAAUUUCUUGAACUGAGGUUGCAUAAAGUACGAUUGUUGUGAAAGAAGCACUUAGCAAUAUGUCUAUAUUUGAAGAUAUUCUGAGUGACCUUGGGUCAUUUGGACCAUACCAGGUUAUUAUUUUCAUACUGGUCAGCUGUUUUGAGACCCCAGCAGCAUGGGUGAUGUUUUUGCCAGUGUUCACAGGGGCCAAAUUACAGUGGGCAUGCCCAGUGGAAGCUGACCAAAACAAUAACCGUACUGAUUGGUACAAUGUGAAUGGUACAGUUCAAAAUUGGAGCAUGAACACGUGUACGCCUGAUAAUAAAGUUUGUGAAGGGAUACAGUACAACCAGGAAUUUACAUCUCUUAUGUCUGAGUGGAAUUUGAUUUGUGACCAGGCCUUCGUCAGCGAACUCAUCACCACUAUUCAGAUGAUAGGUGUUCUGGUGGGGGCAUGCAUCACAGGGCAGUUGGCAGACACAUUUGGGCGGAAGCGUGUUCUGUAUGUGGAGUACACCCUCAUGUUGGCUGUAUGGUUUUCCAGCUCCUUUGUCACAUCCUGGCACCUGUAUGCUGUAUUGAGGUUUAUCAUUGGUGCUUUAUUUGCUGGAGUAAUGAUAGUAAACUUUGUUCUACCUAUUGAGUUUGUUGGACCACAGUGGAGGACAUUCUGCGGCUGUAUAGGGUUCUGGGCUGUGGGCGUCAUGACAUUAUCUCUGUGGGCCUACCUGAUACGUGAUUGGAGGACCUUAUGUAUUGCUACAUCAGUUUCCAGUGUGGGCAUCCUUCUGUCUUGGUGGGUUGUACCAGAAAGUGCACGCUGGCUGGUGCAAAAAGGAAGAUUCGAAGAGGCAUAUACUAUUUUGAAAAGAGUGGCAAAGUUUAACAAAAAGACAGCACCAGACAUUACUAUGUUACAAGCUGCAGUUGAGGAAGAACAAAAUAGAUUGAAAGAAAAUAAAAAGUACAGUUAUUGGCAUCUAUUUAAGACUGUUCAAAUGGCCAAGAACACUUGUACAUCAUUGUACAUUUGGUUUGUGUGUGGGUCGGUGUAUUACGGAAUCUCUUUUAAUGUAAAAAAUCUGUCAGGAGACCGUUACAUAAAUAAUUUCCUAUCUGGACUGGUUGAGAUUCCAGCCCUCAUAUUAGUGGUGGCAAUCAACAAUAAAGUUGGUAGAAAAAAGACACUGUUUGCUCUUCUCAUGUUGGCUGGUUUGUCCAGUUUCUCAAUAUUUAUUAUAUCAUUUUCAAGUGAACUGAAGGAGCAAGUUGUGCUGACUCAAGUACUAGCAAUGUUGGGGAAGUCUGGAAUCAGUGGAGGCUGGGCUGCUGCACAAGUCUUCUCUGCUGAGAUGUUCCCAACUGUGGUCAGGAAUUUAGGCUAUGGUGCCUGCUCCAUGUCAGCCAGAAUAGGCCUAAUAUUAGCUCCGCAGUUUGUUUAUCUGCAUCAGUAUACAGAAUCUCUUCCGUAUGUUGUGUUUGGAGUCCUAGGAAUCACUAGUGCCAUAAGCUGUUUGUUUCUACCAGAGACAACAGGCAAAGCAUUACCGGAAGUUAUUCAGCAUAAACAACAACAUUCAGAAUGUCCAGCAAGAGACAGUCCUAGUCACAAUGAUCAGCUCCAUGAAGAUGUGAAUCCACAACAUGAUGUCAGUUUGGAUGAAUUCCACAGCAUGCAAGCAAUACUGCAAAAGAAUUCUACAGUCUAGAGCUUUUUUUAGAUCUUUUUUAUUUUAACUUAAAAGUUGUGAUAUUAUUAAAAAUAAAUAUUUAUCUGUGUUUUUUUCUUUUUCAAAAUCUGGGUCAUUAUUCAAGUGCCAAAGAGGAAGAAAGAUGGAGAAUGUGAACACAUGAUGGUUACAUAUCAAGGCUUAAAGACCUAAUCUAAAAUUGCAAUUAUGUGCAUUAAUAUGUGAUUAAUUUGUUCAUGUAAGAGUUUUAGAUCUGUUUACCCAACUUUUCAGUUUAUAUGUAUUAAGAGAUGAACAAAGGAGUGUUUUAUAAUAUGCUUCCUUUUUUUUCUCUUGAAUGAACACGGGCAUUUUAUUUAAAGUUGUAUUUUUUUUUUUUUCUUGCUUGGUUAACAUAUGGUUAGAAGGCUACAAGUACUUUUUACAUUAUUACUGUAAAUCAUUCACAGUUUGCAUUUUGGCUAGAUUUACUACUUACACUGGGCUCGAUAUAUUUAAUAAAUGAAUUUUGUCAUUAAAUUUAUAUUUUUAGUGACUAUGAUUUAGUUUGGUGUUUUGCAUUCUUAAUUUUACACCUCAUAAGUAUGAGUAUUUGUGUUACCGAAUCCCAAGCAUUGUAACUAUUUCUUUGCAUUCCAUUUGGUAUAACUAGGUCAGAACCAACAAACAAUAUGAAACAGCAUUUUUGUUGAGGUGUUAUUUAAUAUGAAUAUUUGGUAUUUAUUUAAACAUUCUCUGAAAGUAAUAUUCAAACUCAAUAUUAUGUCGUAAUUCACAGUUAUUUCACCUCGUACUAUGUAAUUAUUUUGCUUUUGGCAUAUGAAAGUUUUAAAUUGAUAGGUUUUGUAAAAACCCUGUAGCACGCAAUCAAAAAUCAUUGACAAAAUAAACCAACAAAGUUUAUAUAAUCAGUGCUACGAAUGAUAUAGUUUUCAUGUUAGUUUCACUCUCCUAAUUAGAAGAUAACAUCAUUACAGUUAAAAUAAUGAUGUAAGAAUUGGAUUUUAUUUUAUAUUUUGUUUUCAGGUUUGUACAAAGUGAAGACUGUAA